AUGGACAUUGACGACAAUUUGGCGUUUAAAGAGGAUGAAGAAGUUGCCAUUCCGCGCGCCUCUUUAAAUAAAUUUAUUAAGGAAUUUCUCCCAGAAGCUCGCCUUUCAAUUGAAACCCGCGAUUUGCUUCUCAACUGUUGUCACAAAUUUAUUCAUCAACUUUCUACCGAAGCCAAUGCAGCUUGUGCCCGCGCAAAUAAGAAAACAAUAAAUUCGGAGCAUAUACUUUCUGGGCUUGAAUCUAUGGGUCUCUCGGAUUAUGUUGAUGAAGUUCGAGCUGCAAAUGAAGGCGCAAAGGUCGAAUUAAAAGAUCGUCGAAUGUUGAGUGCCAGUCACCGAUUCAAGAAACAGGAUCCUGAGGAAUGGGAUAGGUUAGGAGAAGAGCAGGAACGCCUCUUCGAACUGGCACGUGUUCAAAUGUUGCAAGAACAGCAGCAAUUAUUGGAGGAAUCUGACCUCUUAAAAGCCGCUGAAUCAACCAUGCAUGCUGUUGCUGUUCAUAACCAAGGGGUUUCAAAUGUCCCUUCUACAUCUGACGCUAAUAGCAAAUCCAAUGCUGGCAAUGUUAUCACGUCAACAGUUUCUAUCCCUGCCUCUGCAUUACUUUUAGGUGGAGUUGUAGAUAAAGAUGAUGAGUAUGAUUGA